AUGAUGCAUUCAAAUCCUGCGACCGAUAAGGUACUCACAAGUUAUAUCAAGUCACUUUUACCGUCCCCGCCACAGUUACUGCCGAAUGACCUUGCACAGGUGAUUAGACUAAUUUUCACUGGUGCAGCAUCCGAUAUCCAAAUAGCAUCCUUUUUAUGUGCAUUGAGAAUGCGAGGCUUGGACCAGGAGUCCGACUACAUUGCUGCAGCCGUCGACACCGUGUUGGAUUUUGCAGAGACCAUUGGUGACCACUUGAUUGAUGAACGUGGAUACAUUGAUAUUGUGGGCACUGGAGGUGACGGACAGGACACAUUCAAUGUGUCGACAUCUUCAGCUAUUGUUGCAGCCGGAAUGGGAUUACCGGUGUGCAAACAUGGUGGAAAGGCAAGCACCUCAAAGCUGGGGUCAGGAGAUUUACUAAAGUCCUUGGGGGUCGACUUAUCGAGGAUAAAUGUUGUCACUUUACCCGAGAUUGUGAAAAAAUCGAAAUUUUGUUUCUUAUUUGCACCAUCAUUCCACCCAGGUAUGGGCAUUGUUAGCAAUGUGCGAGCGCAAUUGGGUGUGCCUACAAUCUUUAACAUCUUGGGUCCGUUGAUCAAUCCAAUCCCAAUACAAUCGAGGAUACUCGGAGUCUACAGCGAGAAAUUGGGAGAAAACUAUGCAAAAGCUGCAUCGAUAUUAGCAAAGAAAAGCCACAUCCAUAAGAGAACAAUGGUUGUGUUUGGAGAAUGUGUUCUUGAUGAAAUUGCACCAAAAGGAUAUACGAAAAUCUGGAUGGUUGAGGAAAAUGGAGAAAUAACAAUAGACAGGAUCUCACCAAAGGAUUUCGGCUUACCUGAACAUGACAUAUCAUCAGUGAAAUCAGGCACACCCGACGAAAACGCGCAGAUUUUGGACCAUGUUUUGAAACAAGACAAUGAUGAGUUCAAGAUUGUUGAAGGCCGCCCUAAUCAUCCAAUCGUGGAUUAUAUCUUGUUAAAUUCUGCAGCACUUGCUUACGUUUCCGGAAUCUCACACGAUUGGAAAGGCGGCGUUGAGCUUGCAAAGAAAUCGAUUGUGACUGGUGAAGCCUUUAAGGCCUUGCAAGACUUGAAAAAUGCAAUUGCCUAA